UUUUCGUGUUUUUGACCACGACGUCCACUGAGCUGCUUGCCUUCAGCACCAGGCUUCGAUGUGCGCAGGCUCUUUUUGAAGAACCAACUGACGUUCCUUUCAUAUGAUUCAGCCGUCUGCUCGGAGAGGGACGCGCAUUUUUCCAUUUCACGAACACCUUCGACGUCGAUUCCGAUUCUAUUCAAGGCCAAGUUCAUACGAUGAAGAGAGAUGGGACUUCCAACUUGUACCAGCAGCAGAACAUGUACCAAAUGUCUUCUUAGGACCUGCAACACAGGUUGCCUGCUAUUCGCGUCUUGAUCACUCCGUCGUCAAGUACGAUAAAACUCUUCUACGACGAUUCCGGUGGCCGGCGCCCGGAAGAAACUUGGCCAUUGGCUCCAAGCUCUACGCAGCCCAAGACCCAUGUAGGCUUCAUGAGGCUGUCAGAGUUGAUCAUAUGCUGGAGGCUUGCCUUAACCAUGGGAAUCGUAACAGCUGGCUUAAGUCUGAUGUUAUAGCGACAUGCGAAGCGUUGUCCAAGCUCAUACGCGGCCUAGGCGAAUUCAACGUAUCCUACAUCAGAGGGAAACUAUAUAUAGAAGCACAUACCUGGAAACGAAGGCGAAGUACUAUGGAGAGCUACGUCGGGGGCUACGGUUUUCGAAGAGCUGCAACCCAGCUGUAUGAUCCAGAUAUUCUUGAAGGGUGUUCUACCCCAAGAGAUCCCGUCGGUGUCAAUGACUUCAAUACAGUGAUAACCCGCACCUUGGGCGGUUUACAGCUCCUCACAUCUGGAGAAAUACAUUGUGUCCAGGAUGACUACAACGGGCAGCCCAAUCACUAUAUUGAACUCAGAUGCAAGAAAGAUGGCCGCGAACCACAGAAGCUGGCAGAGGAUCUGAAAAAGUGGCGAGUUCGCUGUCAUUUGCUUGAUAUCCCGGUCAUAUUUCUCGGAUUCAGAAAGCAGGAAAUUCUCUCAAAAAGCCGAUUCUUGGGCACAGCUCAAGCGAAUGAGCUGAUUGGUCGAUGGGCGACGGAAGUGCAACAGCCAUGGGACAUCGAAGACGUUUUUGAUCGUGGGUUCAGGGUCUUGUGUACGCUCAGGGAAUAUUGUCAGGCUGCGGGCGAUUGGAAGGAUGCUAUCAAUGAUUCUAAGAUAGAUCGAAUCUGGAGAGUGCAUAUGUGUAGGCCGAAGAUGGGAUUCUAUGUCCGCGAACUUACUAGGGAGGAGAGGGUCACGCUAAGAGGCGAUAAACCACGUAUUGGCAUUGUUCCUCGACGAUUGUAUGACACUCUUAGGGCGCGGUCCGCAAUUUAUUAAAGUGCGUUCCGAUACGAUCUAUCAAGG